AUGCCUUCCGAUCUCUCAUUACCACGUUCGCCAGGGUCUACGUUGACGGAAGACGAAGAUAUGGUUGACGUCGAAUCCAACGGGCUAUAUCUAGAUCUUGCUCCCUUCGGUCUAGAGCAUAUCCAUGACUAUGAGCCUGGUGGCCACCAUCCUGUCCACUUGGGCGAUGUAUAUGGCAAUAACGGGCGGUACCGUGUCAUCCAUAAGCUUGGCCACGGCGGCUUUGCUAAUGUUUGGCUCAGUCGGGAUACUGAGGCGAAAGAGGCAACCAAAUAUGUUGCUUUGAAGAUUUUGAUGGCCGAGACAUCCAGUGAUGAUUGCUCCGAGCUCCGAGUGAACCAGCUCAAAGCUGCUCACAUCGAAAAUACACCUAAAGGCGAUGGCGCCGAGUCCAUUUGCCUCCCACUGGACCACUUUAAGAUCCAUGGGCCGAAUGGGAACCAUAGCUCCUUUGUGUAUCCUGUUCUUGGCCCAAAUGUAUCUCUAGGCUUGUUUUCUGCGUCUGCAGAUCCGGACAAGGACUUGAGAAGCCUUAGUCUGCAAGUUGUGAAGGCUGUCAGAUUUCUUCACAGCCAAGGAAUAUGUCAUGGUGAUAUUACACCAAGCAACGUCCUUCAUCGCACAACUGGGCUCGAUGGACUCAAUGAAGCCGAAGUCCUACAGAUAUUAGGCAGCCCGGUUGUGAAUCCUGUUUUAAAUGAAUCCAAGGAGUGCCAUUAUGAACCCACUGCACCUCAGUACCUCGUUUAUCCAGUGAACUGGUGGGAUGUUGAUACCCAGUUUAUAAGCAAAGAAUCAUGUCUUAUCGAUUUCGGCGAGUCCUUCGAAAUUUCGCAACCUCCCGACGAUCUUGGUAUUCCCGGACCGUAUCGCUCUCCAGAGUUGAUUCUCGACAAAGAAGCUGGUUUUGGUUCAGACAUUUGGGCACUAGGGUGUAGUCUAUUCGAGAUCCAAACUGGCAGAAAGCUGUUUAGCCCAUUUGACGAUGAAGAUAACGACUAUUUAGACGCCUUUGUUCAAGUCUUAGGUAAACUUCCUGAGCCAUGGUGGUCUACGACCUGGGAGGAUCGGAGAAGAAUGUACAAGGAUGAAGUCGACGAGCAGGGCCUUGCCGUUGCUGCUCUAGAAUCUGAGCCAGGUAAAGAUGACCCAGGGGCGAAGAAGAGAGUUUUCACGAGUACUAUUCAUCCAGCUGUUGCUAGUGAUGCUCGAUCAUUGCAGGUUACUAUUGCUCCUGGGCUCUGGUACAUGUCAGAUCAUCAACCCGAUGGAGAUCGUCAUCGGGAUAUCUCCCAGACAGAGCAAGAACUCUUUGCAGAUCUUCUAGGGCGGUUAUUGGAGUACAAGCCGGAAGACCGUAUAUCUGCUAAAGAUGCGAUAAACCAUGGGUGGUUUAAACUAUGA